AUGGUUGACAGGAAGAAGACGCGCUGCUCAGGGGAAAAGCCAGUGUGCGCCUUCUGUGCCCGGCUCAAUCAGCGCUGUACGUGGGAUGGCGACGAAGAUGUUUCGCCCGAACGACUCACGGACACGGGCCGAGCUCUAUCCUCUUCAGGUACAGCCGCACAGAACGCAAGUCUUGCUGCAAGAGUCGCUUUGCUGGAGUCUCGGCUGAGCUUUCUGGACGCGGACAAUGCAUUCAACCUAUUCGCUUCGGUGUCCCCACCGACGGCAGUCAAUCAAUCCGUGGAUCAACCCCCUGCAGUCGACGACAUUGCGCGGACGAAUAGCGACUUCACCUUUCUUCCUGAUCCGGUAAUCUUUCGAUCUCUGGUUCAAGUCUACUUUGAUCGCUGUCACAACCAACCCUAUGCCUUUUUCCACGAAGAGAUGUUUCGCCAUGACUAUGAAUCCGGAUCAUUGCCCGAGUAUUUACUCUAUGCUUUUGCUGCUGCUGCCUGCCGCUUCUCCGACCAUGAGUUCUAUCGGCAUCGUCGUAGUGAAGCAAUCGAUGCAUAUGCACAAUCAUCAUUCGGGCAAAUAUUCGAACACUCAUUUUCCGAUGCCGAGAGUUUGGAGCCUUUGAUGGUGGUGGCUCUGGCGAUAUUGGCGGUUGUGGACUUCGCAGCCGGACGCCCAAAGAUAGGCUGGGUGAAGCUGGCUCUGUCGUGUCGGUUCGCACAUGCCCUGCGACUCAAUGAAGAGCCCGAUCCACAGCUUCCUAUACACGAACAAGAAGAACGGCGGCGAAUAUUCUGGUCGGUCUAUCUUCUCGAUAUCCUGAUGUCGGUUGGGCCCAACCGGCCCCCUUCGCUUCUCGAUGAAGACUGCACUGUUCGUCUACCCUGUCACGAGAGCUUUUUCAGGGAUGGGCUCGAUGGGGGCCCGGUGCCAACUUUGACCUCGGUGGUCGAAAAUCCGUCAGGCGCCAACCACCAAAACCUGGAUCCGUUCGCUAUGACUAUAAUCAUGGCAUCGGCACUAGGCCGCUUCAUACGCUUUAGCCUGAAGCGCACUUUGAAUACGACUCACGUUCUCUGGGAUCCGCGCUCCAAGUAUUAUGAGGUACAAAGCAUUUUAUUGUACUACGAAAGCCACUCGCCAUGUGCUUUCAGUACCAUUUCCGAGGUGCUCAAUCGACAACCUUCAUUCAGCGAGUCUACCUCACCAUCACAUGUCAGCCACAUUAUCUACUCCCACGCCCUCUACCACCUCAAUAAUUGUCUUCUCAACCAUCCAUUCAUCUUAUACCGCUUCUUCCAGGCAUAUACGGCACCCGUACCUCUAAGUUUCGUGCAAGAGGCACUACAAAGAUGCCGAAGACACGCCACAAAUCUCCUCGAGCUACUGAUCGAUCUGGAAACGUACGGCCCGCUCAGCCAUCCCAGCUUCUAUGGUUAUUGUGCAAUGGCAGCUGGGGUGAUCCACAGCAUAUACGAGAAGAGUGAAGACGCAGAAGUCGCACAGGCCUCGAGGAAACAACUUCAAUCAGCUCUGAGCUUCCUACAACGUGAACCAGUACGGUGGGGACAUGUGGGCCACAUGGGUACCCUUCUCCGCUCAUUCAAGUUGGAUCCCGAAGUUGCCAGGGUUCUCAUAAACCCUACGAGCCUGGCACAGAAAAUGACCGUGCCACUUGGAAAUAUGCUGUGGCAGCUCCUCGAUUACGCCUGGUUGCCCCACAACAUCCGCCCUGGCGAGACAAGGUCUACACUGGCAGAUCUUUUGCCAGGAACCGGACACCUGCGGACAAAUAUCAGUGAGUCCUUGGCUUCAGGCAGCACGAAUCUUCCAGGAGACCAGUAUAACACAAGCGGUGUUCUACCUGCCACGUACGCUCGUAUGCUGGGAGAAGACAUGGGCGGAAUUUUGGCAGAAGCCAUGGGAGACAACAGCUUGCAGGGAUUUGCGCGGCCAACCUUUUCCAAUGGACCGCCGGCUGCUUUUUGA